CCCGACUACUUAAACCCCGAGGGUUUUUACAAAGAGAUGCAAGCUCCUGGUCUGCCAGUCUCAUAAUCGAAAGGGAUUCAACAAUGGCUUUCUUAAGUAAAAUCGGGAAUAUGCUUAGGCAGACGUCAACUACGCAGGUCAAUGCUCAGUUGUCUUCUUCGAGGCCAGGCCUUUUUCAAGUGUUUCGGUGCAUGUCAAACUCACCAAGCUCGAAAGUUUUUGUCGGAGGUAUUUCAUUCCAAACUGACGACCAAGGUCUGAGGGAAGCUUUUAGCCAAUAUGGUGAAGUUGUUGAAGCAAGAGUAAUUGUAGACCGAGAAACAGGAAGAUCUAGAGGAUUUGGCUUUGUCACAUACACCAGUACUGAUGAUGCUUCCAGCGCAAUACAGGCCUUGGAUGGACAGGUUCUCCAUGGCCGUCAAGUAAGAGUAAACUAUGCAGCUGAGAGACCUCCUCGUAACUAUGGUGGCGGCGGCUAUGGUGAUGGUGGUGGUUAUGGCAGUGGUGGUGGUGGCUAUGGCGGCGGCGGCUAUGGUGGUGGUAAUUAUGGCGGUGGCGGUGGCUACAACAGAAAUGCUGGCCCUGCUUCUGGAAAUUAUGGGGGUAAUGUUGGAUAUGGUGGUGGUGGUAACUAUGGAGGCCAAGGAAAUUAUGGUGGUUUUGAUCAGUCUGCUGCAAGCAAUUUUGAUAGUGGGAGUUUCAAUGUUGGUGGCGGUGGCGGCAUUGGUAAUGUUGCCAGUGGUGGUCCAGCUGGAUAUGGUAGUCAGACUAUGGGGUUUGAUGGUGGUGAUCAAUUAGGUAGUGCUGAAGAUGGCUUGAAGGGGGAAGGAGAAGCAUUUGACUCGAAUGAGCCAGUGAACGGGAGCCUUCGGGAUGAUGACGAUGACAGCAGCAGUGAUUUAGCUAAAAGGCCAUGAUGCAGGGUCUGUCUUCUAGUAGUAGUAAAUUGUUGGUUAUUAGUUUCUUGGAACUAAUUUUUAUUUUGAUCAAAUUAUGUGACUUGGUAUUUGUAGAACUUCUAUGACUUCCUUGAGCGUCUCUUUCGUGGAGAAGUGAAUUUCUUUGGAGGAGGAAGGAAUAAUUUUAUGUUCAGUCCAA